GCGGCCGAUGCAUGGACAUAGGGCCUCAUGGACCGCCACCCCGAGACGGGGGAUGGUCAGAGUGGGAUGCUGAAUGGUCGCUAUGUUCCCGCACGUGCGGGGCGGAGUCAGGAUGAAGACGAGGAAAUGUGACACACCAAGACCGCUGUUUGGGGGAAAGAAGUGCGAGGGGAUUGAUUCUAAAGCAGAGCUGUGCAACGUUGAGCCCUGCAGCACCAGCCAAUACCGCUACAAGGAGGAGCAGUGUGCCGCCACUGACAUCUACCCCGUGGACGGGCGUCGCCUACACUGGUUGCCAGGGGAUACUGUAGGUGACAGUGUGUGUAUGCUGUACUGCAGUCCGGUUGGGGAUGAAACCAUCCACUUGAGGGGGUCGGGACGAGCACCGACUACUCGGACGGUACUGAGUGUGACUCCGACGCCGGUGGCACCUACAACCGCUGUGUGUUGGGGAAGUGCAGGGCGUUUGGCUGUGAUGGGGUCAGCGACUCCACCGCCCGUCUCGACAUCUGUGGCGUCUGCAACGGUAGCAACAACACCUGCGAGAAGAAGACGGGGAGUUUCUUCCGAGGGGAGGAGAAAAGCUACGUGACGUUCCUGACGAUUCCUAGGGGGUCAACAGGAAUCAAGAUGACCAACGACA